AUGGCCUGUCUUUUGAUGCGACCGGCAAUCUCCCUGCCGCGGAUACUAAAUGUUUCCCCGCGAUUGAUGCUCUCGCGGGGUUUUGCUUCCCAAACUGUACCUCUCGCCUACGAUCGACAUGAUCCUCCGACAUCAUCCCCGUCCGGCCCAAAACCCCCCAUCAUUUUCAUGCAUGGACUAUUCGGCUCCAAGAGGAACAAUCGGAGCAUUAGUAAGGUGCUCGCGCGAGACUUGAACCGCACCAUUUAUGCAGUGGACUUGCGAAACCACGGAGAUGCAGAACACAAUGAGAAACACGAUUACACUGCAAUGGCGCAUGAUGUCGAGGCAUUCGUUCAAGACCACAAACUGGGCAGCGUCUCACUCAUUGGGCACUCAAUGGGCGCCAAGACUGCGCUGACUGUUGCCCUGCAGUCCCCGGAUAUUGUUGAAAACGUCAUCGCCGUGGACAACGCACCUGUCGAUGCAGCUUUACGAGCUGAUUUUCCGAAUUACGUACGAGGAAUGAAAAAGGUCGAAGACGCCAAUGUCACCAAGGCAUCAGAAGCCGAUAAAAUCAUGUCCGAAUUUGAAGAGUCUCUGCCCGUUCGCCAAUUCCUCCUGUCCAACCUUAUCCGAGAGCCAGGUUCCCCGCAGCUUAAAUUCCGCAACCCCUUGUCCAUCUUGGCUUCGUCCUUGGACAACAUGGGUGACUUCCCAUUCAAGAAUCCCGAUGAGGUUCGGUAUAACAAACCGGCACUCUUCAUCCGCGGCACCAGGAGUCAUUAUAUUCCCGAUGAGGUCCUUCCGGUGAUUGGAAGAUUCUUUCCCUUGUUUGAAUUGAGAGAUGUGGAGUCUGGCCACUGGGUCAUUUCUGAGAACCCGGAAGCCUUUAGACAGGCCGUCGUCGAGUUCCUUCAGGAGAAGGAAUAA